AUGAUACGCUUAUACAUACUUCUUUGUCUCCUACCUUGCCUCCUCCUAACCGCCCCCUUCACCCGUGCUGCCCUCUUGCCUCGCCUCAAGGUCCCGUUCGACCUACCUGGUGCCAUCUUCCAUGAACCAGAGACGCGGUCUCUCAAUGUAGUCCCUUUCAAGGGGCUUCCUGGACAGUCUCAUCAUGGUCAUCGACUUCAUCACACUCUCAGUCUGGUGAAGCGACUGGUUGAAGACCAGGGUGAUAUGGUUGAGGUAACUGAGGAAGCUCUUCAGGAACUGCUAGAUCAGAUCAGCAGGCUCCAUGACCAGGUCAAUGGCAUGAUGCCUUCCGGUGCGUCGGAUAGACAACCUUCUCAAGAAACGGGUGCUUCAUCUGGAGACCAGUCAGGUCAGUUGCCUGGAGGUUCUUCCGGCGGAUCUUCUGGCGAUGGUCAAUCAGAACAGCUUCCUGAGCAAUCAGCCGAGGCUGAUGUUCCUGAGUCAGAGGGCACCCGUGAUUCAUCUGUGCCUCCUGUGGUCUCUGACCCCUCCGUGCGGCCAGAGUUGCCUGCACCAACAGAUGAAGAUGCCAUUCCUCUCGAGUCGCAACCUCCAAAUGCGCCGGACCAACCAGGCUCAGAUCGGCAGUCACAACCAGAAGGAACCGACAGCCAAGUAGAUUCAGCAUUGGCUGCGCCGGCUGGAGAUCCUACCCUGACAGCGAAUGAUGAAUCUCCCAACCCCCCUAGCGAGGAUCUACCCGAAGACCAACCUGAUGGCGAUGCUCCUGAGGCGUUGACAGAGCCUGCAGCUGUUUCUGAGAACAAAAGUACGCUUCAGUCCAACGACCUGCCCAACAAUGCUAUCGUGCAACCGACGGGCGAAGCGGAGGCUCCCACCGAAACACAGUCCAGCCCAGCACAGGAUGCCAGGCCUACCGAGGCGAUCCAGGAUGACAACGCCGAUUCCGAUCUCGGUGACCAGGAUUCUGGAGAGACCAGUGCUUUACCUGGAGGUGCAUUCGUAGAGAGUCCUGAGGAUGUUCUUCAGACACUCUCGAGCGAUGUUGCUUCUGCGGAACAGACUGGGGAGCCAGCACCCGAGGGAACCCAGGGAUCAUCGCCACCGGAUGAUGAUGACGACGAGUGUGUUGAAGAUGAAGAAGUAAGUGGCCUGCCCGUCAGACGUAGAAACCCUAACUGCACUCCAGGUAAUAGGCAAUUCACGAGCGAGCCAACGGAAGACGUUCCAGCAGCCCUUUCUCUUGUUGCCACCACAGAGAGAGGUCUAGCCGAAGUAGCUGCUACAGCUUCCGAGCUGGCAAUUUUUCAACCAACAACGGAAAUUGCUCUUGCAUCCAAGAGCGUCGAAGGACCAGCCCCAGCACUGGAGAUAGAAGCCACCUCGACGCCAGCCAUAAAGGUGGUAGAGUCCCAACAGCUCGAUGCGCCGACGCUGAUUGCAAGCCCUCCUGCUGUCUCGAGGCAGGAGUCGCCGACUACGGCGAAGCUUUCCGUACCGCAGACGUCUCCUAGUUUGAGGACUCUGGUGUUCACCUCCGUGCUCACAAGAUCCUCUACUAUCAAGACGACUACGACUCGUACUGAGAUCGUCAACGCCAGUGAACCCACUCGAUCUCUUAAGCCUCCUGGUCAUGUAUUCAAGGAAGAUGCAGAUGCAGGCGCCGCUUUUAACAAGGAUGGAAAACUUGCUGUGGAGGACGAUGAGAAUGAGGAUGAAUCGCCAGAAACACCCCUUCAGAGAACUCCCAUUCCCACAGAAGUGGUGACAGAGACCACCUCUCUCCGCACCCCCAGGAUGGCAAUGACCACCACAAUCAGCCUAAGCUAUCGAAGCACCAUGUCAACUCCCGAGGCCACUCAAGAGUCAUCCGUUCCUUCUCUGGUACCAUCCGGUAUCAGAGGUGGUAAUGGAACUUACGAUGUGAAACCUACCACUGGGUUCAGAACCAUGCCAAGGCUGACGGCAAGUUUGGCAGAGAGAGGAGGGGUGUAG